AAAAUCAGUAGGAUGUAGCGGUACAUGUAUCGGGCUUCGCUCCACAUCAAUCCGGCCAUCAGGAGUCCCUUUCUGGUUUUAUGUCGACGCGGUGAGCCGGUUCUGGGGGAUGGGUGUUGGGAGGACCGUCAGCAGAGACGACUAACGUUUGAAAAAUGUCCAACAUCCUCGAUGCGGCGUCCAAAGUGAAAUGGGACCGCACGGCUGCGGCGAAGCGAGCCGUGUUUCUUGCGGCUGCCGCGUACGGUGUCAAAACGCUGUACCCCAUCAUCUGCAAGCAGCUCUGCAGAAACAAAGAUCCGAGGAGCAGCCAGCGGGGAUCCAAGGCGGAGAACGGCUCCACUUGCUCGGGGAAAGGUCCCGCAGACGCCGCGGUGCACAAGAAGACAUCCCCGGGUGUGAACGCAGAAUUUUUCAAGCAGAUCCUGGAACUUGGUAAAAUCCUCUUCCCCAGGCUCGUCUCCAGAGAGCUCGGUUUGCUCUCCUUGCACUCGGUGGCGCUGAUAUCCAGGACGUUUCUGUCUAUUUACGUGGCCAGCUUGGACGGGAAAAUUGUGAAGACGAUCGUGGAGAAGGAACCCAAACGCUUCAUCCUCCAGCUGAUCAAAUGGCUCCUCAUUGCCAUCCCGGCCACGUUCGUCAACAGCGCCAUCCGGUACCUGGAGUGCAAACUGGCUCUGGCCUUCCGCACCCGGCUGGUGAACCACGCAUACCGGACCUACUUCACCGACCAGACCUACUACAAAGUCAGCAACAUGGACGGGAGGCUCGCCAACCCGGACCAGUCCCUCACCGAGGAUGUGAUGAUGUUUUCCCAGUCGGUGGCCCAUCUCUACUCCAACCUCACCAAGCCCAUCCUGGACGUGAUGCUCACCUCCUACACGCUGAUCCAGACCGCCAGAUCCCGGGGAGCCAACGCCACCGGGCCGACCCUGCUGGCCGGGCUGGUGGUGUUUGCCACGGCUAAAGUCCUCCGUGCAUGCUCGCCGAAAUUUGGAAAACUGGUGGCCGAAGAGGCUCAUAGGAAGGGCUACCUGCGCUAUGUGCACUCCAGGAUCAUUGCUAAUGCUGAGGAAAUAGCUUUCUACAGAGGACAUAAGGUGGAGAUGUGUCAGCUGCAGAAGUGCUACCGAGCCCUGGCGGACCAGAUGAACCUGAUCCUGUCCAAGCGUCUCUGGUACAUCAUGAUCGAGCAGUUCCUAAUGAAGUAUGUGUGGAGCGGCAGUGGCCUCGUCAUGGUCGCCGUGCCCAUCAUCACAGCCACCGGCUUCGCGGACAACGAAACCGCAGACGGACAGACGCAGGUGAUGGUGAGCGAGAGGACGGAGGCGUUCACGACCGCCCGAAACCUCCUGGCCUCCGGAGCCGAUGCCAUCGAGAGGAUCAUGUCGUCCUACAAAGAGGUCACAGAGCUGGCAGGCUACACAGCGAGAGUCCACAACAUGUUUGUGGUGUUCGAGGACGUCCAGAAAGGUGUUUACAAGCGUUCGUCGCUGUCGGCCGCUACAGGAACAGAGAAGAAGAGCAAGCCUGAGAUGCACAUAGAUGGACCACUGGAGAUAAAGGGUGAAGUUAUUGACGUAGACAAGGGCAUCGUGUGCGAGAACGUCCCAAUAAUCACACCGAAUGGAGACGUAGUAGUUUCUUGCUUGAACUUUAAGGUGGAAGAGGGCAUGCACCUCCUGAUCACAGGGCCUAAUGGAUGUGGAAAGAGCUCUUUAUUCAGGAUCCUCAGCGGCUUGUGGCCCGUCUACGGCGGCCGGCUGCACAAACCUUCUCCUCAGCACAUGUUCUACAUCCCUCAGAGGCCAUACAUGUCUAUGGGUUCGCUGCGGGACCAGGUCAUCUACCCAGACUCGGUGGAGGACAUGGCAGCCAGAGGAAUGAGUGACAAGGACCUGGAGGCUAUUCUGGACAUAGUCAACCUGAAUCAAAUUGUCACCAGAGAAGGAGGCUGGGAUGCCGAGCUGGACUGGAAGGAUGUGCUGUCAGGAGGCGAGAAGCAGAGGAUGGGCAUGGCUCGUAUGUUCUACCACAAGCCUAAAUAUGCUCUGCUGGAUGAGUGCACCAGCGCUGUGAGCAUUGACGUGGAGGGAAAGAUUUUCCAGGCUGCCAAGGAUGCCGGCAUCUCCUUGCUCUCCAUCACGCACCGACCCUCCCUGUGGAAGUACCACACCCACCUGCUGCAGUUUGACGGCGAGGGAGGCUGGCGCUUCGAGCAGCUGGACACGGCGACACGACUCUCCCUGACCGAGGAGAAGCAGCGUCUGGAGGCCCAGCUGGCCGGCAUUCCCGAGAUGCAGCAUCGCCUCAACGAGCUCUGCAAGAUCCUGGGAGACGACUCGGUCCUCAGAACAGCUGAGGAGUGAGACGGGAGGGAAAAGAAGGAGGCCCAGAGGAGGGAAAUGAAGAGGAUAAGUGAGGGGAGGAGAAGAAGAAGAGAGUGUGAGAGAGGCAAUGAAAGAAAAAAGAAA